UUGGGGGGGGUUUCUGUGUGCGCGCUGGGCGAGGCUCAGUGACAGCUGCGGAGCUCCGGGCUUCAGUCUGAACCACAAAUUAAAGAUUUUAAAAGAAAAAGUCCAGAGAAAAACCGAGAAGAAACAAAAUCUCUCAGCGGAAACAAGAGUUGUCUUUUUGUCUCCACUUCCGGUUGAGAAACCUUGAGGAAAAGCCCCCGGUGUUCUUCCCAGGCUGCUGCUGCAGGAUGUGAAAGAACCACAACACGACUAGAACUGAAAGACCUGAAAAGACCACAACAAGUUUAAAGAUCAACGAAAGACUUCAGACAAAGAUGGCUCUGUUCUUCUCCGGAGCCGUUACAAGUUCUCCAAUAAAACGAAGGUUGCGGGCCAAUCACUCCUGUCAGAGCCUGGACCUGUCCCUCCUCUCCCCCGACUCCUCGUACGUCUGUUACUCGGCGGCGGACGGCGGCGGUCCGUGCUCCUGCCGGCGCUCGCCGCGCCUCCUCACCAACGGCUACUACAGCGUCACCGAGGACAGCUUCACCUGGGACGAGGACGGCAACGUGUCCCUCACGCCCUGCAAAACCAACGUGUCCUACAAGGAGAACAUCGUCAGGGUAUUCCGGCGGCGGCGGCGGCCUCGCCGCUCUCUGGCUCGCCUGCUGAGCGACGUGACGGAGAGCUGCCAGUCCUGGCUGGACCAGAAGGUCUUCGGGGGCGUGUUCAGGACAGGACAGAACCAGAACCGGGAUCAGGACCACGGCCGGGACGGGGACCAGGAUUGGACCGGGACGGGCCAGGAAAGCCCCGCCCCGCUGGACGAGUCAUCUUGGCUCAACAGCACCGAGCUGGACGACAGUCGCAGCUUCACUUACGACCACACUGAGAUACCGCCCCCUCCAGACAAAGUGGCCCCACCCCCGACACUCCUCAUCCAGGAGGAGAUUUGUUCUGAGAUCUGUCAAUCAAAGGAGCGGUUUACCCAAUCGCUGGGCGGCCUCUCUGAAGUCCCGCCUCCAUCACCCUUCUACACUAACAGCUGCCAGACCUCACCUGAGCCCGCAGGGUUAACGAUGAAGAGCCUUCUCCUUUUCGUCUUCGCCAUCUUCAUCUUCACCGCUCUAUACUCAGGGUGUCUCUUGUGGAGCGCCAGCGUCACGUCCAUCGUGUUCAUGACGAUCUCGACAUGUAUGCUUCUGACCAAGUCGGGCCCGAUGGGCGAGUGGAGGAGGGCAAAGACAGAGGACAUCACAUCGAGAAACGAGUGAGAGCGGCGACGGCAUCCAGAAGUCUGCGGCGUGAAUCUGGGAGAGGGACAGGAAGCGCCAGCGGUCGAAAUAUCUCAACAACUGUUUUCGUGCAAGGAGCUCCGGAGAACGUCUGCAGCGACACCUGUCGGACGCUUUGACUGCAAAUGGAAAACCUUCUCAACGUAAAUCUAUCUUUAAACAUCCAGACUGAUGUCGGGAGACGGCGUAACGUAUGACACGCCAGUUCCUACGCCAUUAUCGGCGUGUUAUCAAGACGCAUACCUGUUUUUUAGGGUGUAUAUCAGCGCCGUUUGGCCUCCAUUGACUUACAUUACCUU